GAGGUAGUUCACGUCCUCCUUAUAAAUUGUGCUCACGAAGGUGCAGCUUUUACACCUUUCCAGCUUCUCCAUCCACAUCAACCAGUCACUCAGUUCAUCAACAAUCCAGAGAUCAUGGUGGUUCACAAGGAGUUCCAGAGUGCAGGAAAACAGCCAGGCCUGCAGAUAUGGAGGAUGGAAAAUAUGAACCCGGUGCCCGUGCCCAAGCAGCUUUAUGGCAACUUCUACACUGGAGAUGCCUACCUCCUUCUCUACACCACUCCUGCUCCAGCCUACACCAUCCACAUAUGGCUUGGGGAUGAGUGUUCCCAGGAUGAGCGUGGAGCUGCAGCAAUCUUUGCUAUCCAGUUGGAUGACUUCUUGGGUGGAAGUCCAGUUCAGUUCCGUGAGGUCCAGAACAACGAGUCCCUCACCUUCCUUGGCUACUUCAAGUCCGGUGUUAUGUACAAGCAAGGUGGUGUGGCCUCUGGCUUUCAACACGUGGUGAUCAAUGACAUGGACGUGAAGCGAUUGCUCCAUGUUAAAGGGCGGAGGAUGACCCGUGCCACUGAGGUUUCUCUGUCAUGGGCCAGCUUCAACCAGGGAGACUGUUUCAUCAUCGACCUGGGCAAGGACAUUUAUCAGUGGUGUGGCAGUAAGUGUAACCGAUAUGAACGCCUGAAAGCAUCUCAGCUAGCCAUUGACAUCCGCGAUAACGAACGUAGUGGUCGUGCCAAGCUGGAGAUGAUUGAUGAGGGCUCAGAGCCGGAGGCCGUUAUUAAGGUUCUUGGACCCAAACCCGACAUCCCAGCAGGAAGUGCUGAUGAUGAUGAUGCAGCUGCUGAUAGAACCAACAAGCAGGGCACUCUUUACAUGAUUUCUGAUGCUGCAGGUUCCAUGAAGACCUCUGUGGUGGCUGAGAGCAAUCCAUUCAAACAGGAGAUGCUUUCUCCCAAUGAAUGCUACAUCCUUGACAAUGGAAAAGGUGGCAGAAUCUUCUUGUGGAAAGGUCCAAAAGCCAGUGAUGCUGAACGUAAGGCGGCCAUGAGUGCUGCAGAACAUUUUAUCAAGGACCAAAAUUACCCUAAAACAACCCUGAUCCAGGUGAUGCCUGCUGGUGGGGAGACCACCUUGUUUAAACAGUACUUCAGUAACUGGAAGGAUAAGGAUCAAACCAUGGGCCCAGGGAAGGCCUACACUAUUGGGAAAAUUGCCACAGUGAAGCAGAUCCCCUUUGAUGCAUCCAGCCUGCACUCCAACAAAGUCAUGGCUGCUCAACACGGUAUGGUGGAUGAUGGCUCGGGUGAGGUGCAGGUGUGGCGUAUUGAAAAUGGGGAAAAGGUUCCUGUGGACCCCUCCACCUACAAUCAGUUCUAUGGAGGAGACUGCUAUCUGAUCCUCUACAGCUAUAAACAGAAAGGCAGCGAGAAGCACAUCAUCUACACCUGGCAGGGGCUGAAGUGCACGAAGGAUGAGUUGGUCGCCUCUGCCUUUUUAACAGUCAAAUUGGAUGACUCCAUGGAUGGAUCUCCUGUGCAGGUGCGUGUCACUCAAGGCCAGGAACCGCCCCAUUUGAUGAGCCUGUACAAGGACAAACCGAUGAUCAUUUUCUUGGGCGGGACUUCACGAGAAGGCGGGCAAAGCAAUGCAGGAAGUACACGCCUCUUCCAUAUCCGUCAGAGCUCCACCCGUGCUACACGUGCUGUUGAGGUGAAUCCCUGUGCUGCAAAUCUGAACACCAAUGAUGUGUUUGUGCUGAAGACUCCAGAGUCCAUAUUUCUGUGGAUAGGAGCUGGGGCCACAGAUGAGGAGAUGUCUGCUGCAAAAUACGUCUGCAGCACCCUAGGUGGCAGUGCUACUGAAGUGACUGAGGGGAAGGAACCAGUGGAGUUUUGGUGUGCUCUUGGUGGAAAGCAGGACUAUCAGACCUCCCGCAGUCUGCGGAAUACAGUUAAACCACCUCGUCUGUUUGGCUGCUCCAACAAAACCGGCCGUCUCAUAGCAGAGGAAGUGCCAGGAGAGCUCUCUCAGUCUGAUUUGGCCACAGACGAUGUCAUGCUGCUGGAUACCUGGGACCAGAUCUUUCUCUGGAUUGGUAACGAGGCCAACGAAGUGGAGAAGAGCGGAUCAGAUAAAAUAGCUAAUGAUUAUGUGAAGUCAGACCCCUCUGGCCGUUGUGGUACUCCUAUCAGCAUCAUUAAGCAGGGCUUUGAGCCACCCACUUUUACUGGCUGGUUCCAGGCCUGGGAUGAUACAAUGUGGAGCAAAGACCCUCUGCAACGUAUCGUUUCCUGUUUCCAAAAACACUAAUACAGUUUGCAUGGCUUUUCAUAUACACACAAGUGUUGCUGUGUACCAUAAGACAAGUCUGCUAUCUGGGAAAGCUAUAGAUUAACAGCAAAAACGAUGUUAUACACUAGUCAUUGCAUACACUAUCAUGUAAUUUUUCAUCAAAUAUAUGCUUUUAGCUUAUUUUUUAAAAAUACAGUCACUUUUAAACCUGUGUGUGUGCUUAACCAACAUGUUCUCUAUCUGCCUAUAAAUGUGGGCUUCAUAAUCACGGACACUGAUUCUAUUUAAAAUUUAAACCUUAAAAAUUGUUAACAAAGUCAGUUUUCAUUUCCUACAAAUGCAAAAUUCUGCAAACAUAUUGGGUUCAAAUAUUGAAGUAUGCUGGUUCAGAAUAAAACAUGCGUCUAGAAACAA